CUGCGUUCAGCGAUGACGUCAGGACGCACAGCGUCAAGUCAAACUGGCACCACAUCUGUUCCACUAGCGUGAUGCGGAUGAGGAGGCCAUGGCCGGGACGUCGAGGAGCCGCAGCCUGCAGGUGUUUGACACGGAGCUGAGUGCUGACUCGGUGGAGUGGUGUCCCGUCCCCCCCGGACACGACCUGCUGGUCUGCGGGACCUACCAGCUGCAGAGCCCGCAGGAAGGAGAAGAGGAUGCCGCCCCCAGCCGGAUUGGGCGCUUGUAUCUUUUUGAGUUUGGGAGAGAGGAAUCGUUGGGCCGUCCACUGGCCGAGCUGCAGCGCCUGGACACGCCAGCUAUCCUAGAUCUGAAGUGGUGCCACGUGCCCGUGUGUGAGAGGCCGGUGCUGGGAAUGGCAGCUGCAACGGGGGAGCUACAGCUGUACACGCUGGCAGAGAGUCAGGACGGCGGGCGGAGUCUGCAGAGUCUGCACCGGGUGCAGGUUGGAGAGGAGCGGCUGGCUCUGUCCCUGGACUGGUCCACGGGACGGCUGGACAGCGCUGACAUCCGAGCGGUGUGCAGCGACUCUGCGGGCUGCGUGUCCGUGUUCUCCCUGGCCGACGGGGCUCUGGCGGCUCCGGCUCAGUGGAAGGCCCACGACUUCGAGGCCUGGAUCUCUGCCUUCUCCUACUGGGACACGCAGCUGGUCUACUCAGGUGGCGAUGACUGCAAACUCAAAGGUUGGGAUCUCAGGAUCAAUCCAUCCACGCCUGUUUUCACCAGUAAAAGGCACUCGAUGGGUGUGUGCAGCAUUCACAGCAACCCCCACCGGGAACACAUCGUAGCCACGGGCAGCUACGACGAGCAGGUGCUGCUGUGGGACGGCAGGAACAUGCGGGAGCCGCUCAGUGAGAGUGCGCUGGGCGGGGGGGUGUGGAGGCUCAAGUGGCACCCCACCCACCAGCACCUGCUGCUGGCCGCCUGCAUGCACAACCACUUCCACAUCCUGCACUGCCAGCAGGACACAGGUGGCAGCGGGGGAGCGUGUCCUGUCGUGGCCUCCUACGUCCUCCACAACUCCCUGGCGUACGGAGCAGACUGGAGCCGGCUGGCCCUGGAGGAGCCGGGUCCCUGCUCCCCCGGCCCAGAACCAGAACCAGGACCAGAACCAGAACCAGCAGGACACGUGAGGAUCCAGUACGAGUCUCCCACGGCCAGCUUCGACACGUGUCUGGAGGACGAUGCUGGACGGUACGUCCCCGAGGGAACGGCAGCUUCAGCUCCGGCCCGUCUCGCCCUCGGCCCUGACCACCACGAUCCCUCGCUGUCCUGCCUGCUGGCCAGCUGCUCCUUCUACGACCACAUGCUGCACGUGUGGCGCUGGGACUGGACUCCUAAUGACACUCAACAGGAAACUAACUGAUGCUGAUGGAGCCGGGACAAUGUUUGAGAUUACACUAUAUAUCUAUUCUUUCAAUGAAUGUGUACUGCAGUAAACCAGAGUAAAGUGUAAAUACAUCCGUGGUGGUGUUCUCUUCACUUCUAUGGCUGGGAGUUGUAGUCACUUAAUUACCAGGAGGGUUUUAAUGCCCAUUUGUACAUUAACUGUCAAUAUUCUGGAGGUGAGAUUCUUAGAAUUGAGCUAUUUGAAUUUUAGAAAGGAAGGAAAAUGGCAAUUAAAAAUCAUCUGUUAGUAUUAGGCCUGUGUUGAAAAAAAAAUGAUGUUCCGAUUCUAAAUCGAUUCUCAUUAAUUCCUAAAUAUCGAUUUGUAUGUGUAAAGAUUGAUUAUUUUUCACGUCAUUUAAUUCACACAUGGGCGUGGUGUGAAACUAACAAUGAACAUGGAGCCGAAGAGUAGCUGUAGCGUUAAAGCACUGGUUUUGAAAACUCCUGAACUAAAUGAACUUUUCUUGAGAGAAAAUGCUGGAUAUUUCAGCUUACAUUUCUAAAUGUUAUUAGUUCAAUGAAGUUCAUAUUAUCUAUAUUUACUUUAGCUUGUUUGAUUUUUCCAUCGGACACGGUUUGUCAUGAAAACCUGAAAAAUGCAUCAUGGCAAGCUGUGUGUUUGGUGACAGAAUAAAUCAGACAAGCUAAAAUGAUUUGUUUACUGCAUGAGCUGUUGCAAUUUCUCUUUUUUUGCAUUUUAAAUGGAUAUUUAUUUCACAAUACUUAUUGUGAAAUUAAUUAUUUCACUAGUUAUUUUACAGUCAUUCAGGCAACAGCUCAAAAAACAUUUUUAAUAACACUAACCCACAUCAAUAGGUUUCAAAGUUUAUUUAGACGGGACAAUGCAUAUUAAUGCACACUACAUUAAGCAGUGUAAAUACACCGGGUUUAGCAGAAAUGCUAGUUUCCACCCGCAGUCCCCACAAACAACCAGACACACUAACACUCACACCUACGGGCAAUUUAGAAUGAUCAAUUUACCUAGCAUGCAUGUUUUUGGACUGUGGGAGGAAACCCAUGCAAGCACCACGGGGAGAACUUGCAAACUCCACACAGAAAGGUCCUGCUGGGCCUGGGAGUCGAACCGGGAACCUUCUUGCUGUGAGGCAACAGUGCUAACCACUAAGCCAACGUGCUGCCGAAUAUUGGAUCGAAUCGACUCAAAUGGUGAUAAUUGAUUCUGAAUCUUAAGAAUCUGAAUCGAUCCCCAGCCCUAGUUGGUAUUAACAUCUAUCAGCAAUCUCACGUGCCUCUAUUUCAAUUAUACAAAUGACAGACCCACAUUAAAGUUUUUUUUUUUUUAUUAAAUGCUUUGUUACAUACAAUGAUUGCCUAAACUGUAUGAUAUUGUACACUUUAUUUUAAAUUUAGCCAUGCCCUUGAAAUGUGAUUAGCUGGAUAUUUAAAAACAGCCACCUGCAAUAAAUCAAUAGUUUGGUGUGAGCUGUGAUUCUCCGUGAGGCGUCUCCUCAGCUGGGCUCGGUCCCGGUACGUCUGCAACCAUCCACCAUUAACGCACAUAGUUCUUAGGGUACAGCUUGAACAGCUUCCCUUCCUGUGUGGGCUCAAAGCCGUACUUCUCCAGUUGGUCUUUGUUGAAAGUUCCUUCUUCAAAGUCCUUCUGGAUCUGAGGGGCAACAAUGUCGUCAAAUAAACUCUGUGCCGUGACCGGAGGCUCCGAGCCCUUGGGCGAGCGGUACGACACGUACGGCCUGAGCUUGAAUCCUUCCAAGCUGGGCACCACGAACUCGGGGAUCAUGGCUGGGAUGGAGAGGAACUUCCCGCUGGCCAGCCGGAGCCCCGCGGGCCGGGCCCCCCGGCCCUUGUUGUGGGUCCUGGAGCCGCGCUUGCUGGUGAACUCGGACAUCCUGUCGGCCCCUCGGACCAGCCCUCUCAGCAGCGUGGAUAGGACGCCCAUGCUGCCCCCCGAGCUUUCCUAAGGCCACAAAACACACCAAAAAACCAAUAGAAAGAAGAGGAAAAUACAAUAAAUGAAAAUAGAAACGAACAAAAAACGAAAUACAUUCAAAAAUGUCCGUAAAGUUCCAAGUUAGGCAUAUCACUGGGUUGACGUUCUCUACCAUCAUGAAAAGUUUCACACCAGCCUUUUUUCUUUUCAUAAUGUUUCAGUGAUGAAAAGAAAAGGCAAAUUUCUUUGUGAAAGGCAACAAAGUUUGGUCUAGAUUGUAGGAAUCUGUUUUGUGUAUAAAUAAAACUUCCUUUAAGUGACUAUACAGGACUGUCUCAGAAAAUUAGAAUAUUAUGAUAAAGUUCUUUAUUUUCUGUAAUGCAAUUAAAAAAACAAAAAUGUCAUACAUUCUGGAUUCAUUACAAAUUAACUGAAAUAUUGCAAGCCUUUUAUUAUUUUAAUAUUGCUGAUUAUGGAUUACAGUUUUCUUAAACUGUCAUGUUCUCUGGAUUGAGCUUAAUUUUAUAAAUGCUAAAGUUGAUUCUUCCUUUAAGUUGAGCAUUCAACAUUAGUGGUUGGGGGGAGAAGGGGAAAAAAAAUCGAUAUUGCAAUAUUGUUGCGCUCUCUGUCGCAAUAAAUAAUCGAUAAACUGACGGCAAAUAUCAAUAUUUUAUUACAACAUAUAAUGGAUUUACGUGGUUGUCACCGCACUAAUGUUCAUGCACUUUCAUUUGUCCAGCUGUUCAGUGUUUACA